UUUUUUUUUUUUGUUGUCAUGGAUAUGAGAUAUAGUGACUAUAGCAACAAGUGAUAGUUAUUGAGGAAUAAAUACCUAAUUCUCUUUGACCUAAUAAGACGUGGGAAGAACAAUAAAUUGUAGAUAAUAAAAAAAGUGUUUCUAAACAUUGCUUAAUAAUGCAGAAACCUGAUGCCAAUGGUUUUAUAAAUGUCAAUUGGCCAAGUACUAAUGUUCCGUACGGAGGUAUUUUCCAUACAAAGAUUGCAGCGCCUACAUCAGAACAACGAGACUUUCUUAAAAUUCUACUAGAAGAAUCUAAACUAAAUAUAGCUCAGCGUAAAAAGGACUCCCCCGUAAUUUCUCCUGAAAAUAAAAAAACCGAAAAAAAUACUUCAAGACCAGCCGUCCGUCCUCGCACAUCACGACGUCGCUCUUUAUCGACUAUUAGGGGAUCUGAAGCAAUCGAUGACUUUCAGUAUUGCCCACAAAAACGUGGUAUGGAUAGAGAAAAGAUGAAAGAGAAACUAGCAAACUUGAUGACAUAUGGCGAUAAUGAUAAUCAAAUAGUAGUACCAUCGUCACCAUGUUUUGGCUCGAAACCACUUCCUAAAUUACCAACUUCUAAGGACAUGAAGAAAGAAUUGAUAAAUCAAAUUUGUGAAAGAAUGAAAUGGCUCGCGGAAAUGGAAUGUUUGGGUCAAGCCGAGCCGCACAAAAUAAUUAUCAACGAUCAAAUAGCAGAGCGUAUUCGGGCACUCGACGCUUUGGGCAUCGAUACCGAAGGUUCAUCAGCUAGAUCUACGGCUUCGGGUUUUAGUACAACCAGGAGCAGGGAGCAAUUGCAACUAAAUAAACCAUUAACGAAAAAUGGCACUAGUUCAGCAUGCUCAAUGCAGAGAAAAGUCUCUGUAACACCCGUGCUCCACGUUUCUAGAAGUAACCGAGAAGAAAAUGUAGCAAGCUACGGCCAAUUGCCGUCACUACAAUAUUCGCCGCGGCGACGUGUUUGAUUAUUAAAUUCUCAAUUUGUAUUUUCGCUUUAUGUACC